AUGCCGGAGAGCUGGGGCAGCCAAUCACCAGGAUACAGCCCGGGAUAUCCAGACGACUACUACGACGAUGCGUAUUCUACCGGAGACGAAGAUAGCCAGAUGAGCCGUCGCAGCGGAUCGCCGUAUGGCGGCGACGUAGGCGACGAGAGCAAGCUGGUGAGGAGCGCGAGUUUGGGCAAAAUGUCGAAGCCGUCAAUCGUCAUGAAUCGAGCACCGAGCAGCGGAGAUCCAUUGCCGCAGGAGGGACAGGAACUACAACUACAGGAACCGUCACGGGCGUCGCCCAGUCCUAUGAAACUCCCCGUCAGCCCGUUUGAUGGUGGAACGGCGUACUAUGAGGGUUCCAGCUCGUCCGGUACAGUGCCCACCAUGGCCGGCACAGCCAACACGCCCUCGCUCACGGCCGAUGCAAUGCUUGGCGCUUAUGCUGCUGCCAGCGCAACAGACCCGACAGGAACGAGGAAAUUCACACCAUCGCCGCGACCAUACAACCGCUUGUCAGCUAUUCGGCGCCCGCCAAAACUCGGACUCGACAUGGACUCGGUCAGGGAGAUGGAGUCCAGGGGUAGCAUGACCAGCCUGCCAGACCUCAUCAAGCGUGCAACCCGCCUAGCUACCCUGAUUGACCGCGGACGAAGACCUGCGAGUCGAUUCGAGAUGGACGACGGGGUGUGGCCAGACGAGAAGGCAUUCGGGCGCGAGGGGGAGCAACAAGUGUCUACCAUGUCUUCUGCUGAAAAGCAUCAGUCAGGCCUGUCCGACAUGUUGGCCGCGUUUCCUCCACCUGCGGCUACAACUCCUAACCCGCCGAAUAGGGGCAGCUGGUUUAGACGAGCCUCUACUACUUCGUGGCCAUUAGCACCUGGCAGUCGAGGCAGCACUCCGCAGCCCGUAACUCGAGCGAUGGCAGCAAGGGGGUCCCCACUGACCAGACUCGAAUCCAAUGACGAUAACGAUGAGGUGUCGUCAACCAGGCGCCGCAGAAAAUGCUGCGGUCUUCCUCUGUGGGCCUUUAUCGUCAUUGUCAUCAUCGUAUUGGGCAUCAUUGCCGCCGCUAUCGUAGUUCCCCUCGAAUUCUUCGUCUUCAGGCGUAACCGGACUAGUGCCCCUCCUACAGCAGAGCCGGCUUUAUCCCAAUGUCAAAACCAGCUCAAGUGCGAAAACGGCGGAACGAAUGUCAUAUCUCAAGGCGUUUGCUCGUGCAUUUGUAUCAAUGGGUUUACCGGGCAGACUUGCGCCGUGGCCGGAGCCACAGGAUGCACUACCGCAAACCUCAUGGGGAAUUCCACCUCGACUAAUUUCAGUAAUGUCACUCUUGGCCAGGCGGUACCACGGCUGCUUCAACAAGCUCAGACGAACUUCUCAAUCCCCCUGGACGGAACCGACAUUCUAGCCAAGUUCAACACGGAAAGCCUGUCGUGCAUUGCGCAAAACUCGCUCGUCACGUUUGACGGACGCUCGUCUCGCACAGGCACUCCCAGUUCUGGCAGUAAUGCGGUAGCCAACGUUGCCAUUCCGGUGCAGAUCAUUACCAUUCGCCCCGGGGAAGCGGCUACCAUCACGAUCGGCAUCAACCUGCCCGAUGGCCAUCUCCGCCCAUCGCCAGACAUCGUUGGCGGAUUCACGACGCUUUCGGGUCCCUUCCGGCGCUACCAGCUCGACCAUGUGGGCUACGGUCCCUUGGAUGUCUACUCCAACAGCGUCUACUCCAAUAGCGUCCACCUCAACAGCGCUGCCCGAGACGACGUCCUUCGUGCCUCCGCCGGUGACCACCAUUCCGCCGACGAACACCACAGCAACUCCCCAGGGUCCGCUGUUUCCCUCGAUUCCGGUGUCUUCCGCGCCAGCGCCCAGCCCUACAUUCACGGUUACGGAAGAGACACUUGA